AGGGCCGCCCAGGUCCCAGUCGCUCUGCUUACCUGCCUCUGAGCCUCCCACUGAAGCUCACUUCCUUUCCAUCCUGGCCACGGACGCCCGGGAGGCCCCGGAGAUGCCCAAAGCCCUCCCAUCUGCCAUCCCCAGUGGGACCUAGGUUCACACCGAAGCAGGAGCAGGAGGAGGGGUGGGAGUGGCCAUGGGGCGGCAGCGGCAGGCCCUGGCCCUGAGGGUGGUCAAGGGCUCACUGAUCCUGUUGGCGCUACUGGUGCCCUCACAGGCGCUGGUGCGAGCCGUGCUGGAUGGCAACUCAAGCACGGUGGACUUUGCGGAUUUGCCGGCCAUGUUUGGAGUGCCCCUGGCCCCCGAGGGUGUGCAGGGCUACCUGAUGGAGGCCAAGCCAGCUAAUGCAUGCCACCCUAUUGAGGGCCCGCAGCUGGUGGGCAAUAGCUCCCUGGGCGCCAUCGUACUUAUUCGUCGCUAUGAUUGCACAUUCGAUCUGAAGGUGCUGCAUGCCCAGCAGGCUGGCUUCAAGGCCGCCAUUGUGCACAAUGUCCUCUCAGAUGACCUCGUGCGCAUGGCACAUGUCUAUGGGGAACUGCGGCGCCAGAUCUCCAUCCCUGCAGUGUUCGUGAGCGAGGCUGCCUCACAGGACUUGCGAGUCAUCAUGGGCUGUGACAAGUCAGCCCAUGUCCUCCUGUUGCCCAACUACCCACCAUGCCCCGACCUGGACUGCCACCCCGUGCUGGCCAUCUCCUGGGUACUGGGCCGCGCCCUGGCCCUGCUCACGUCCAUGACUUUCAUCCUGCGCCACCUGUGGAAUUGGCUGUGGUCCUGGUGGUCCUGUGGGCCUGCGGCAGUUAAGACGCCCGCCUGCCAGAAGGCUCAGGUCCGCACCUUCACUCGGCUCAAUGACUUGUGCGCUAUCUGCCUGGAUGAGUAUGAGGAGGGCGAGCAGCUCAAGAUCCUGCCCUGCUCUCACACCUAUCACUGCAAGUGCAUCGACCCCUGGUUCUCCCAGGCCGUCCAGCGCUCCUGCCCUGUGUGCAAGCAGUCGGUGGCCAGCACCGAAGACAGCUCCGACUCUACCAUCGAGAGCUCCUAUGAGGGGGACCCCUCACUGCCUGGCCCCCCGCCCCCCAUCUGGGCCAUCCAGGCUCGGCUACGCUCCCGGAGGCUGGAGCUGCUGGCCCGAGCCGGCCCACACCAGUGCUGUAGCGCCACCUCCAUGGGGGUGGCGGAGGCCGUGGAGUCCUCAGAGAGGCCCCCAGACCCUCUCUGA